AUUAAAGCACUGUACAACUUACGGCGGUGCUCUCCGACGAGAUUGUUCUUGCACGCGAUUUGAACCCUUCUUCAAGCCUUAGGCGAGCCCGCAAGCGAAAUAAAUAUACACACAACUAUAUUCCUUUAACUGAUCAUUUACCCAGCUUGCACACUUCUGGCCUCGCGUGUUCGCGCGGAGUUUGCCUCGCGUCGUUCUCUUUCACAUACUGGCCCCCGACUUCUGUUUUAUUGCAUAACACUAGUGUCUAGUGGCAGUGAAGGCUCGGACAUAGCUCUCGGUUCCGUGGGCAAGGGCCCUUAACCUGCAAAAGCGAAUGGCAAAAGUCUGCGAUUCCCAACGGGAGGCCGCUGAUGAGGCAGCGGAAGUCCUAAGCAACUUACACGUGGACGACGUGCACUCGCUGAAUGACAAGGACCCGGAGCCGGAUGCCCAUGGUCAAGGAGGCUAUCGGUUUGACACGCCAGAGCACCAGCAGCAGUUGCGAGAGCAGCGGACGCAGCUCUGGAACUGGCUCAAAGGGGUGGGCGCGCAUAUGUUCAAAGAGGGCAUCAACCUAACCAAGAUCUCGUUGCCGGUGUGCCUGUUCGAGCCUCGCUCCUUCCUGGAGCGGCUCACCACCAACUGGGAGUACAACAGCCUGCUGGUGGCGGCGGCGGCCUGCGCCGACCCCGCCGACCGCCUGCGCUACGUGGUGGCGUUCGCGGUGUCGGGGCUGUGCCGCCAGGUGUCCUUCCACAAGCCCUUCAACCCCAUCCUGGGCGAGACGUACCAGGCCGUGUACCCCAACGGCAUUGAGGUGUACUGCGAACAGAUCAGCCACCACCCGCCCAUCAGCAGCUGGCAGGUGUACGAGCCGGAGGGCAAGUUUGUGUUCUUCGGCAACGGCAACUGGGUCGCGGGCAUCAAGGGCAACAGCGUCAAGGGCCGCCAGACCGGCACCAACUGCGUCACCUUCGCCAGCGACGGCGCCUCCGUGGAGUACGAGCUGCCGGGGCUGCAGGUCAAGGGCGUGCUGUGGGGCACCCGCGUACUGAAGUACAGCGGGCAGAUGGUGUUCAAGGACGUGAAGAACGGCCUCACGGCGACCAUCGACGUGGACCCACAGCCGCAGGCGGGCUUCCUGACGGGCUGGUUCCGCGCCAAGAAGGCCGUGCACAAGCCGGACCAGGUGGUGGGCAAGCUGUGCCGCGGCGACACGGUGAUCGACACCUGCCACGGCAACUGGCUGCACUACUUUGAGUGGGACAAGGGCGCCAACGGCGGCCGCGCCAAGCGGCUUUGGGACAUCCGCACCGCCUCCGUCACGCCGGCGGUGGCGGUGGCGGACCCGCUGCCCUCGGACUGCCGCAACCGCGAGGACGUGGUGUUCCUCAAGGCCAAGGACCAGCCCAAGUCGCAAGAGUGGAAGCUCACGUUGGAGGAGCGGCAGCGGCGCGACCGCAAGCUGCGCAAGGAGGGCGGUGGCGUCAACGAGCACUGAGCGGCCCCCGUCGAGGAGGAGCAGGGCAGCUAAGGAAGAGGAGGCGGAGGAGACGGAGCGGCAGCGCCUGUGCACAGCGGCAGGCAGCCUGAGCAGUGUGCCAAAGGCGGAGGUGCGGGCGUCCUGGGCUCAAGAGGAGGGGCGUGCAGCCUUGGCGGGCGCGCAUCAGCUCUGUGGGGCACGGCGCCUGGCUGCAUGGCGCGAGCUUGCCGCAGCCGGGUUUGAGGCGGCUGGUGCAGUCUUGAGAAGGCGGGGCAGGGCUGGGCGGGGCUGAGUAGGGGUAGCACCGCUGUGGGCAGUGAGCGCGGAGGAGGGCGUGGAGGCGACCUCCCAUGACGGCUCGUGGGCUGGCGGGGCUCGUCGCGCCUGGGCCGAGCGUCUGCCUGUUUCGCUGUGCUGGCGCCCUGGACUGCACAUACACGGCGCCCGUGACCCAGGCACCUAGCGUUGACGGAUCUGGGUAGCGUCGUAGCUCUCUCGCUCGGAUUGAUUGUUUGAAGCAUACUGAGCCGGCAGCGCGGUGGCUGCUGGCGCGGCCAGCCCUUCACGUCGUAUGGGCUGCCGGGCGUCGGAUCGCGAGCAGGCCGCUCGUCUGUAGCGGUGUGUGUGACUGACUGCCUGACCCGCAGGAGGCACUCUAGGCAGGUUGGCAUGAGAAGACGGGCUGGGGCACGUAGGCUGUAGCGCAAUGAUGACAUGUGUGUUUGUGUGUUGAUGUGUUUUAGCUACCCACACUGUAAGUUCAGGGCAUGCGUGAUCACGGACGCACCUUGGCAACGGUCUCGGGGCUGUGGCAGUGCAAACGGGAGGACUUGUCGGUAGCCAGGGCGCGAUAGCGUGUACGCGCAGUCGGUGGUGGGGAUAAGUGGCCUUGAUGAGUGCUUGGGGCAAGGUUGGGGGCAAGUACGGCAGUCAGCACGGCGGUCCUGAUUGGGCGGAAUGGUGGGGGCCCGCGAUGGCGGAAGGGGUUGACACCGGUGGUACACAGCCUACAGUGGUGGGCGGCAGCAAGCCAGGAGUAGGCAGAGGUAUUCUGCAUAGCACGGCACUGCACGUGUGGCUGGUGGUAUUGGUCUUCACGUCGUGGUGUGGGCGCAGCUCUCGCUGUGUAGCACGUCAAGCACGUGGCGAUGGUGGAUUCUGGUUUCGGAUCCUGUCCAGUUUGUUGUUUGAGUGGCUCUUUGUGUUAACAGGGUAGCCGGCGGCGGGCGUGAGCGAAGGCCUCUUGACGGCAGCGGGCGGCGCUCCGUUUUGCGGCUGGCCUGUGAGGCGUCUAGAGGAUUUUGUCGUAUGGACCUCGGCCUCCUGUUCUGGCGGUGGUGGGUUGCUGGGAACUCAACAACAGAGCUGGUACUUCGUGCCCGAGGGAGGGAAGUGGCGGGGGUCGGCAAAUGUCGCGAGGAAGUGAGCCGUUGGAGUGCGUUGCGGCGAUGUACAGUAGUUUGGCAUCGGUUGCGGACAAGCAGCAACUACCCAUUACCGUAUGGCGGCGUGUAGCCCCGGCGCGUGGUGCGCCGGGCAGAAGGCAGCGAAGCAUGUGUGGCAGGCGAUUGACGCCGCCUUGGGGACAGUGCUCAGUGCUCCGUACCUGCAUGAUCAGCCCGGCUGGCUGUACAUAAAAGUGGUAUGCGUUAUGUCACGAGGGCACGUCGAAUGGCCAGUUGACCUCAAAACUAAGUCUUUUCUUUCUAACUGUACCUAUGAAACCUUUGCCUACCGGCGUAGAUCCUCUCUUCUUGGGGAAGGACGUCAGAAUGACGGGUGUUUCAGUGUUCAAGCCUCCUGGAGGCCAUGUGAAGAAAUGGUGAUUGCGUGGUGUGGUGGGUAGGCAAGAACCGGGCUGGAUGACGGGAGACAGUCGCAUUACAACAUUCUCAUAUUCGAAGACUGGCUGGCAAAUGCUGCCACAUCCCACCUCCAUUAAUGUCACAGUCCC